AAGAUGAAAGAAAACAGCACAUCGGUACACUUCGACGCAGAACCAUCCAGCCCCGAGCAACUGGCGCCAGAAGAACAGACAUUGCCUGUGCCUACAAAUAAUUGUAACGAAAACGCCGCCGAGGAAUGUGCGCAGCCGGGGCACUCAGAACACGACCUCACUGUCGAGGCCUCGGAAUCGGAGAAGGAAAAUCCGGACUCGAUCGCCAAAGGACUCGCCCAUCUAAAGAUAUCGCCUUCAAACGGUAUCGAUGAAAAAGCAAAGGCAGAAUGUGGUGCGUUGGAUUCAACUUGUUUGUCCGGCAAAAAAGAGGUGGGAGGUAGAGGUGAGACUGGUGUGCUGAGCAGAGGUCGCAAGAAGCGGUACCUGAGGGGUCAAAUUCUCGCCAUCCGAAAAGCAUUUUCGGAGGAGCAGUGGUUGCAGUACGCGAAAGCGCUCUAUGGUGACGCACUUAAAAGUCAACCAUUCAAAAAAUGCGAGAUCGUAAAAGAAUCAACGAGUGAUAUGCCGAAAACAAAAAAGAUAGGAAAAUGUGUCAUACAAACAAAGAAACAGAAUGAGCAAAAAUCGUACGAAAUGAAGCAGAACAAAGCACCGCUUCUGGCUUCUGUUCGUUUAUUGAUGAAAACUUCGCGGGACAAAACUUUUGGAAUUUUGGAUGGGAAAUGCAGAAGAAUGAAAGCGAAUUUUUAUCACGAGCUGUCAGUAGAAAUGGGAAAUAAAAUGGAACGUGGAACAUCAACAACAGUGGCCACACAAACGUAUGUUUUUGUGAAUUGGUGGAGUGCGCUUCCACAACAUCCCUCUGAUUUCGAUAAGAGGCACUAA